AACCUCAAUUAAUAUAGGAUUAAUAGUUCAGUAAUUUGUGUAUACGAUUGUUAUUCUGUAAGAAGCCGCUUUGUCAGAGAAAAUAAACCAUAUUCGUUUUAUAAAUAUAUAUAUAAUCAGAAUCAUACAAUGGUUGUGCGUCAAUAUCAAGAAGAACUUCAGUAUCUAGAAAAAUUAUCCCCAUACUGCUGGAGAAUAAAAAAGGGCUUUCAACCCAACAUGAAAGUGGAAGGUGUUUUUUACGUGAACCAAAGGUUAGAAAAAUUGAUGUUGGAUGAACUAAGAAAUGCCUGUAGACCUGGCAUGGUUGGUGGCUUUCUUCCAGGUGUCAAACAAAUAGCAAAUGUAGCUGCCUUACCAGGUAUCGUUGGUAGAUCUGUAGGUUUACCAGAUGUUCAUUCAGGAUAUGGCUUUGCCAUUGGAAAUAUGGCAGCAUUCGACAUUAACAAUCCAGAUUCUAUUGUAUCACCAGGAGGUGUGGGUUUUGAUAUUAACUGUGGAGUGAGACUGUUGAGAACCAAUCUUUUUGAACAAGACGUUUUGCCGAUUAAAGAACAGCUAGCACAAAGUUUAUUUGAUCAUAUUCCAGUUGGGGUAGGAUCAAAAGGAAUCAUUCCAAUGAAUGCAAAAGACUUAGAAGAAGCUUUGGAAAUGGGUAUGGACUGGUCACUUCGAGAGGGUUACAUUUGGGCAGAAGAUAAAGAGCACUGUGAAGAAUAUGGUAGAAUGCUAAAUGCAGAUCCAGCAAAAGUUAGCAUGAGAGCAAAGAAAAGAGGAUUACCUCAGUUAGGAACAUUGGGAGCCGGGAAUCAUUAUGCUGAAAUUCAAGUAGUGGAGGAGAUUUACGAUAAGUGGGCUGCUUGUAAGAUGGGUAUCGAAGAAAUAGGACAGGUAUGUGUAAUGAUCCAUUCAGGAAGUAGAGGAUUCGGUCAUCAAGUGGCUACAGAUGCUUUAGUCCAAAUGGAAAAGGCUAUGAAACGAGACAACAUUGAAACAAACGACAGGCAAUUAGCUUGUGCCAGAAUUAAUUCUGUCGAAGGACAGGACUAUUUAAAAUCUAUGGCAGCUGCUGCGAACUUUGCUUGGGUGAACAGAAGCUCGAUGACGUUUUUAAGUAGACAAGCCUUUGCCAAACAAUUUCAUAUGUCACCAGACGACCUAGACAUGCACGUGAUAUAUGACGUUUCCCACAACAUAGCCAAAGUCGAAGAACAUAUCGUAGAUGGUAAACCAACAACCCUCUUAGUUCAUAGAAAGGGAUCGACUAGGGCAUUUCCCCCACACCAUCCCCUUAUUCCUGUGGAUUAUCAACUUACGGGACAGCCUGUCUUAAUUGGCGGUACAAUGGGGACUUGUAGUUAUGUUUUAACGGGAACGGAACAGGGUAUGCUGGAAACAUUCGGAUCUACUUGUCACGGAGCCGGCAGGGCCCUAUCCAGAGCCAAGUCUAGGCGCAAUUUAGAUUAUACGGAUGUUUUAAGGAAAUUAGAAUACAUGGGAAUUUCGAUACGUGUAGCGUCACCUAAAUUAGUAAUGGAGGAGGCACCAGAAUCUUACAAAAAUGUUACUGAUGUAGUUGAUACGUGUCAUGCUGCUGGAAUUUCUAAGAAAUGUAUUAAACUGCGUCCUAUUGCCGUUAUAAAAGGAUAAAUCAGACUGAUAUGAAAAUUAAAUUUAUUUAAAAUUAAACUAUUUUUGUAAUUUCAACUGCAUGCUUAUUAAAAUUCAUCUAUUAUUGUAUUAAUAUUAUUUUUUGUGUUUUGUGUCUGAAGACAGAUUCACAGUUAUUUCUUCCAUUUAUUAUUUAUUUACCAGUCUUAGUCUAAACUUGCAAUUAUGAAAAAUUAUAACUGUAUAUAUUUGUAAGUUUAUACUUAUGUCAUUUUUAUGUUAAACACAUUAAAGCUGUGUGAGAGUGCGAUUUCAGUUUUAUUUUAUUACAAGGAUCCAAAAAUUUCACUUGCGGCCCAAGUUCCAUGCUAAAUUAUCAUAAUCCUAUGUAUUGUAACUUUAUGCAAAUGUUAUUUUUAUUUUAAAUAUAUUAAAGCUGUAUU